AUGCAAAGGGUAUCCCAAACCUCCACAAUUUGGAGGAACAUAGCCUCUAAGGUCAGAAAAAACCUGUUUUCCAUCAACGACCCUUUUGCUGCGCGAUCUUUCUCUUUGGUUCCCAUUGCAGCAGCCGCCAAGAAAUUGCAUCAACCGGAGAUUCCGUGCGAUUUUCAGAAAUGGGGUUCGAUUGGAUUCAGUAGGACGUCGAAGUUCGCCUCUGGGUUCAACCCUCUGCAACCGAAGCCGUUGGAUUCUAUUGUAGAUAUCUACAGAUUGAAGGAUCGAUAUCCUGAUGAUAUUGCUUCUAUUUGGGAUGAUUAUCACAUAGGAAGAGGUCAUGUUGGAGCAUCUAUGAAAGCAAAACUUUAUCACUUGCUGGAACAUAGAGCUUCAGAAUGCCGAUAUUUUGUGAUUCCUUUGUGGAGGGGAAGUGGAUACACGACAAUGUUUGUUCAAGUCCAGACGCCACACAUGAUUUUUACAGGUCUUGAAGAUUACAAGGCUAGGGGAACACAAGCAUCUCCCUACUUUACUGUGACCUUUUACACUGAAUUUGCAGAGAGCAAGGACUUGGUACUGAUCCGCGGGGAUAUCGUAUUCACCAGCAAGCUUACUGAUUCAGAGGCAGAAUGGCUUUUGGAAACUGCUCAGUCAUUUUAUUUGAAUGACGCCAGGUACAAACUGGUUGAGAGGUUCAACAGAGAGACACGUGAUUUUGAGUUCAAAGAUGUCUUGCAAGUAUUGAACAUGCCUAUUUUGUAA